GAUGUGCGCGAUUUUUUACGAAAUAAUCCUAUAAUUAAUCCUGCCAGUCGUCUGCUUGACUGGAAAGUGGAAUACUAGAAGACAGCGUCUCCGAAAGUCGAAAUCCCCGAACGCAAGCCCGGAACACCCAAAGAGAGAGGUACGAGUAGGCACCACAACAGAUCCACCGAGCUCCAUUCAGCUAUCGAGAGUCUUCUAUUCUUCUGCUUGCUGUGUACUACAUAUAUGCAAGGACCAUGAAACCUCACAAGCACUUGCACCAAACUCAUUAUCAUUCUGAGAGUUCCAAGGACUACAAAAGUCAUGGCAUGCAGCAGGCCAAUUUCAUUCCAGAUAAUUUCAACUCGCUUGAUCAGGUCAUUUCUGCUUUGAGGGAAUCUGGUCUUGAGUCAUCAAAUUUAAUCCUCGGAAUUGACUUCACAAAAAGCAAUGAGUGGACAGGAAAACAUUCAUUUAAUAGAAGAUCUCUUCAUGCUAUUGGUGACAGACCCACCCCAUAUGAGCAAGCAAUUUCCAUAAUUGGCCGUACAUUGUCCCCUUUUGAUGAGGACAAUUUGAUACCAUGUUAUGGUUUUGGAGAUGCAUCUACGCGUGACCAUUCUGUGUUCAGCUUUUACCCCGACAAUCAUCCUUGUUGUGGUUUUGAGGAAGUUCUUUCACGAUACAGAAAGAUUGUUUCCCACCUAAACCUUUCAGGCCCUACAUCAUUUGCCCCAAUUAUCCACACAUCAAUUGAUGUUGUCAAAAGAAGUAAUUGGCAGUAUCAUGUUCUUGUCAUCAUUGCUGAUGGACAAGUCACAAGGAAUCCUGACGUUCCACCAGGAAAAUUAAGUUCACAAGAAGAUGCAACCAUAAAAGCAAUUGUUGAUGCCAGUUACUUUCCUCUAUCUAUAAUUAUGGUUGGUGUUGGUGAUGGACCAUGGGAUGCAAUGGAACAUUUUGAUGACUGUAUUCCUGAACGUAAAUUUGACAAUUUUCAGUUUGUCAACUUCACAAGCAUUAUGAGUGGAAAUAAAGACAUGCCAAAGAAAGAAGCAGCCUUUGCACUCUCUGCGUUGAUGGAGAUUCCUUUUCAAUAUAGAGCCACACAAGGGCUCCAACCUCUGGAAUCCCAGAAAAUCCAAAUAAGUUCACCAAGAGUUCUUCCUCCUCCUAAGGGUGCAAUUGAAUGUGAUAGUAUAGCAAUGUCAUCUAGUCGUCAGGCACUUCCAACAGGAGACACUGUUUCAGUAGAGCAGGUCUGCCCUAUAUGCUUAACAAACCCAAGGGAUAUGGCAUUUGGUUGUGGACAUAUGACAUGCAAGGAAUGCGGUGCCACCUUAUCAACAUGUCCCAUGUGUCGGGCACCUAUUGCUACACGCCUGAGACUCUUCGCUUAAAUCGUCUAGUGAUUGGAGUGUAUGAGGAGCCACACGGGCCUCCUUGCGGUUUCUGAACAUCUAUGACAUUCUGUAGGAUCUGACCAUCAUGAACAUGUAAUUUAGCGGACGUGAAUCAUGGAAAAUCGUUGGUGGCCUCUUGUUUAACAUCAGAAUUGUUGGAGUAAUGCUGUACAUCUAUGAUAUGCAAAAUGAAUUGUUUCUCAGAAAAUCUCUUGACCAUAACACAAAUAUCUGUAAAUAUGAAUUAAUGUAGAAAACGUAGCAAAGCUUGGGUGAAUUGAUCCCUUUUUCUCAAA